AAAACUUUUCUAUUUUUUUCAAUUUUUAGUUUUGUUCUUAUACUUUAAGAUUCAAUUUUUCUAGUUUCUUAGUAAUGGGGAUGAAAAAAUAAUCUUUUAUUGUGUACAAUAUCUGGGUACCUCUGUACAAUCUUUCUUUUAUACUCAAGGCUUUGAACUUUUUAUAAUUUCAGAUUCUUGGGCUAAAAAGAAGUAAUUUUGUUUUGUUUAAUUUUGGGUAUGCUUCGUUAGUUUGGGUUUUCGUUUACACUAUUUUGGCUUCUGGGUAACUAUAGAUUUAUUGAUAUGUACUGUUUUGGACCUUUAUUUGUUUGCUUACUUUGUGUUUUUCUUUCUUGGGUUAAAUAGAUUAAUUUGAGUUCUGGGUAAACGAAAUUAGACUAAUUUGUUUGCUUACUUUGUGUAUUUCGUUGGUUAAAUAGACUAAUUUGUUUGCUUACUUUGUGUAUUUCGUUGGUUUUCUUGUGAUUAAUUGUUUGUGGGUUCUUUAAGAUAGACUUUUUUUGAUGGCGGAUUUUUUCCUUUAGAUUUGUAGAUAUUUAAGUACUUUUUUGGACCUUUAUUUUGUCUGUUUCAUUUGUGUUUUCUGUUAAUUGUUUGUGGGGUUUUAGUUUAGGCUUGAAAUCCUAACUAAAUUGUUCUCUGAAGCAUUACGUCUAACACUCAAUUCCUUAGAAGAAAACACACUGCCUCGCUUGUGGUUGCAUUGUCACAGGUAGUAGCUGGAAUUAUUUGUUGCAGCAGUUUAGGAUCAUUUAGAGUUGAUGAGUUUAUAUUAACACCCUCCUCGUCUGCUAGGAUUUCAAAUCCGUUUCGACUGGCGACAGUUUGUAGAGCAUUUCGUCGAUCACCCGAAUCCCUCGUCUUUUGUUACUGUGUCUUCGCACCUGUAGGUGUGUUCUGCUUGGUAAAAGCUUCCCUUACCACAGUCCAAUCAUUCCAGUUGUGUUCUUAUUAAGUCAAUCUUCAUUGGAGGAAGUUGAAGCAUGUUCAUGUCCUUCCAAAUUAGUAGUUGCAGCAUUCAAAAAAGUUGUUUGUACCCCAGCAUUGGCCUGAACAUUUACAGGAUUUUGAGGGCACUUAUCCUCUUUAUUCACUGCCUUUGCACCUGUAGUUUCUGUAUUAUCCAAAGCAUCACCACAUUGUUGUGCACCAGAUUUUAAAACCUCACCAGUAGAUAUAACACUGCUGCUUCUUGUACUUGUUGUUUUACAUAAAUUUUCACUAGAUUCUUUAUGAUAAAUCGAAACACGGAAAUUUGAUAUGUUAAGAUUAUGACUUGAUCUUACACUUAGUAAAUAUAGUAUACAUGAAAUUUUGAUAUAUUAAGAUCAUGAUUUGAUAUUACUCUCAGUAAAUUAUGGUAAUAUGAAGUAUCUCAUUUUCACUUUUUUACUCUUUUCAUUCUUGCAUAUAUAUCAAUGCCAAUAAAUCAAUAAUCAUUAUAGUCACAGAUCUUCAUGAUACAAUUUGAAAAGAAUAUUCCAAGAUGAGAAAAACAGCCCAAUGCUCAAUAACCAAAUCUGGAAUUCCAUAAUAUAGAUCUAUGGCAACUGAGUUGUAGAGCUACUCUAACUGUACAGUGUGUUUAAUUGGUCAAUUAUUGCAUAUGCCCCAUAGAUGGCAGAUCUUGAUAUUUGCACAGUCCAAGUUCUUAAUUCUAGCUGAAGGAGAGAAGUGGGUAAUGACUGGUCUUCGUGAUACUUGGAAGCGACACAAGAGAAAUAUUAAGAAGAUAUAUUUUGAUAAAAAUGCUACUAUUGAACAAAUGCUACAAAAUCGUCCCAAUGAGAUACCUGAAGUUCAGUUCCGUCAAUUGAUUGAGUAUUGGAAUGACGAAGAUGUCCAAGCUAUGGGCCAAUUGAAUUCUGAAAACAGGAAAAAACAAAAGUGGAGGCAUCGAAUGGGACCUAUUAAUUUUGCAAGAGUGUGUGUGGCAUUGCGCGCAAUCAAAGAGAAUAACGAGGAACCAUCAAAGUCUGAAAUGUUUAUUACAACUCGUACAAAGAAAGGGAAUGAAGUUCAUACUGAUACUCAAGUUGCAAUAGUAAGUCAUGCUGCAAUUUAAGUCUUAUUAUUGUAUUUUUUCUCUUUAAUGAAUGUGUUUCUUUAACUGAAGGAAGUCCAUACGCAUAUCUGUAGUUUCUUUUGGAAACUAUUGACCUUUAGCUUAUUGUUCAUGAAUAGAG